AUGACAAGCGCAGAAGCGGUAGAGCUCUUCUUCAGCCGAAGUGGCCUAGGGCCUGAGAGUGUCUGCCCUGAUGAUCUCGAGAAGCUUCUUGGGGGUUAUCUUCAGUAUCUAGCUCUUGCCAUUACGCAGGCCGCUUGCUACAUCUCUGAACGUAAAAAGCUCAACGUCUCCGUGCCAGACUACCUGAAGCUCCUCGGGGGUGGACCACAACACUCUGAGGCGACUGUUAUGGAUACUCUCAGCAAGGAAUUCGAAGCACAUGGACGAUAUCGGAAACGCAAGUUUCAACGACAUCCAGUGGCGUUCACCUUCUACAUCUCGCUCCUGCAAAUUAAAAAUAGCAACAAGCGGGCAGUCAAACUCCUCUCAAUCAUGGCUACCGUUGAUCGAUCGCAAAUACUGAGGGAUCUCCUGCUGGAAGAUUCCAUCCUUGAAAAUUACCACCUGGUCACAAGCGAGGACGGCAGAGUUUUCAACAUGCACCCGCUCAUGCAUCUAGGAAUGAGAAAGCUUUUGACGGACGGAAAGCUCGACAAGGUAGCCGACAGUCUGUUGCUCAAACUCUCUGGAAAGUUCCCAACACCCGAAGACGAGAAACCAGACAUCGGAGAUAUUUACGCAUCCCACGCGAAGGGGGUUAUUGAUCACGAUUUUGAAUGGAGAUUUCUUGAAGUAAAACUCAACCUCUGCCAUUCUAUUGCCAAAGCCGAAGAGACGCACCUCAAGGUCUUGAGGAUUCGGGAAGCCAAAUAUGGUGAGAGUCAUCGGGAUACGCUAAAGAGCGUAACUAGUCUUGCAAUGGCUUGCGAGUGUCAAGGAAAUUUCCUGGAAGCAGAGAGGCUGAUACGCAGAGCUCUAGACGGAAGGAAGAGUUUACUCGGCGAAGAUCAUCCGGACACUCUAUCAGGUGUGGAAACUCUCUCCUUGGUGUUCGGCGAACUGGAGAGGUUCGACGAGGCUGAAGCUCUGUGCUGUCAAACUCUCGAGGGCUGA